AUGGAAAGCCAGAGUCGCGAGGGACAGCUCGAGUUUAAAGUGAUCGAAAGGUGGGAGAACGCGGAAAUUUUGAACCAGCACCGUGACCGAGAUUGGCUACAAGAAAUGUACUCGAACUUCGAGAGCCAGCAUCUCCUUGAGGGAAAUGAGCAGAUUGAAUAUUUAAGCUUUGUUUCAGGGUUCGUGUCGCGUUAA